AUGACUUUCCCCGAGCUGAGCAAUGGCAGCUUGAGUGGGAACCGGACGGGACAAGGCAGCCAGAGCGCUGCCAACCGGUCCUGGGGGCUGCAAGGGGAGGAGACCCCCGAGGGCAACGGCACCACGCUGACUUUCGCCUUGGACGUGCAGGCGGUGGGCGUCGGGGUCUUCCUGGCCGUCUUCAUCCUCUCGGCCAUCGUGGGGAACAUCCUGGUCAUCCUCUCGGUGGCUUGCAACCGGCACCUGCAGACAGUCACCAACUACUUCAUCGUCAACCUGGCCAUCGCCGACCUGCUGCUCAGCACCACCGUGCUGCCCUUCUCGGCCACCCUGGAGGUGUUGGGCUUCUGGGUCUUCGGGCGCAUCUUCUGCAACAUCUGGGCAGCGGUGGACGUGCUGUGCUGCUCUGCCUCCAUCAUGAGCCUGUGCAUCAUCUCCGUGGACAGGUACAUCGGCGUCAAGUACUCCCUCAAGUACCCCACCAUCAUGACCGAGAGGAAGGCGGGGGUCAUCCUCGUGGUGGUCUGGCUCUCCUCCAUGGUCAUCUCCAUCGGGCCACUGCUGGGCUGGAAGGAGCCGCCGCCGCCGGAUGAGAGCAUCUGCAGCAUCACGGAGGAGCCGGGCUAUGCCCUGUUCUCCUCCCUCUUCUCCUUCUACCUGCCCCUCAUGGUCAUCCUGGUGAUGUACUUCAGGAUUUACGUGGUGGCCAGGCGGACCACGCGGAGCCUGGAGGCAGGGGUCAAGAAGGAGAGGAACAAGUCCAUGGAGGUGGUGCUGCGCAUCCACUGCCGUAGCGUGCUGGAGGAGCCUCUCUCCAGCGCCCGGAACAAGGGGCACAACUUCAGGAGCUCCCUCUCCGUGCGGCUCCUCAAGUUCUCCCGGGAGAAGAAAGCAGCCAAAACUCUCGCCAUCGUCGUGGGUGUUUUCAUCCUCUGCUGGUUCCCCUUCUUCUUCAUCCUGCCUUUUGGUUCUUUCUUCCCGUCCCUGAAGCCCUCCGAAAUCGUCUUCAAGAUCAUCUUCUGGCUGGGCUACUUCAACAGCUGCGUGAACCCCAUCAUCUACCCGUGCUCCAGCAAGGAGUUCAAGCGCGCGUUCAUCCGGCUGCUCAAGUGCCAGUGCCGCCGGCGGCGCCGGCCCCUCUGGAGGGUCUACGACCACCACUGGAGAGGAGCCUCCAUCAACAGCUCCGUGCAGGACUCAGAGACAGACCUAAGGCCCAGGAUUAACACCCUCAACAGCUCUUUCAUAUUUAACUCCUCCUUCCAGGAGAGGGCCGGUAAGAGGAGAACGCUCAGCUUCAAGGGCUGGAAGAUGCUCACCCCGUUCCAGAAACCAGCAUCCACCCAGCUGAAGGAGAAGAUGAACAGCCUUUCUAACAAAAUCCGGGGUGGCUCCAGCAAAGGGGGGGUGACAGCCACCUACAAGACAGAGGUGGAGUCUGUCUCUAUCGGGAUCCCUCAUGAUUUCACGGAAACCAUCGACUACCAGACCCAUGACUUAACAGACUGCUGUGGGCUGAGAGAAACAGAUAUCUGA